ACAGCAACAACAGCCAGGAGGGAACGGAACCGGCCGUCGCCGGUUAACAAAGAAAAGAAAUGGCGGGUAGCUUCAAACCCCUGCGUUUGCCACAUUCCAACGUCAAUCUAUCAGGUGGGUCACCAUAAAUUUCCAUUUCAUAGUUGGGAGAGGUGGAUUUGGCCUUUGAGUUGACAGACAAACUCAAAUUUCAAAAGGGUACUAAGUCAAAAAUUUCAAUGUUUAGUUCCUUCAAUUUGGGUAAACCACACGGUUUUAGCUUAAGACUUGGACCCCAUGAUCUUAGAUGAAGACCGUAUGAAUACUUGGUCUUGGUCCCCAAAGCAGUCUAAAAACUGAAAUUUCACUAUGAAAACUACAGCUUUUUAUUUUCCCAGAACAAGUCAAAACUUCUGAAUUAUCCCCACAUACAAAAAAUCAUCCUGAAUGAAUAUAGGAACCAUGCAUUGCUAGCUUGGCUAGAACCAUGUUUCCCACAAUAAGGGCAGGUGUCUAGAUUAUGUCAAGUCAUUGGGUUAUGGCUUAUGCCCGUAACUCAUCGUGCUGUUCAUAUGGGAAUUGAAACUUUGAAGCCAUAAGUAAUAAAACUUGAACCAUCCUCUUAUUGCAAAAAUCAAAACUUGAAGCAAGAUUGCCAGAGGGUGGUGACCAGAAGUUUGCUCAUUUUGUUUUUGACUAGGCUGAAAACAUCUUGGAAACAUUUUUCCUAACCUUUACGAGCCCGAAUGAUUCAAAACUCCAUGUCUCCCCACAUCAUAUAUAAUUGUUCUACUGAUCUUGACAUUAUGUUGUUGUAAAUUUAUAGUCUUUGAUGUUUACACCUCAAAGGAAAAAUAAGAUUUGAAAUCUUAUUAAUCCCUUUACUCUUGACACCGUUAGUUUGACUUAAUCUCUUCAAAGUUUAGUCUUCGGUCCUUUUCAGUAUUUUCCGGAAAGAAAAUACGUAUAGCCAAGUCAUUUGGGUUAUAAGCCCAAUAUUUUAGGUGGAUUGUAGACCCAAAAGGGGAAAAUUGUGAAUGGUUCCAAUGUCUUUGGAAGGCCCUAUACUUUCUUGUUGUAAAAGAACGAUGACUUCCAGGGGAGUCAUGUAAUUCCUUGGGUUAUAUUUAAAAGGAAAAAUGAGUUGCACUGGCCCAGCAGCCAAGGCGAUCUUGGGUUGGAUUGAUGUAAUUUGAGUUCCACGUUGAGACUGGUCAAGAGUUGGGACUUGGGACUAAUAAGUGCAAGAAAGAGGAAAGAUACGGAAGUGUGUUUGGAAGAUGGAAGUCGAACAGGAAAAGCCAAGCCUGGAGAACGUACAAGCACGACAACAGGAAAAACAACGGGAAGGAGAAGUAGUGAUAGUCGAAGAAGAGGAAGAACAGCAACAACAAGUAGAGGAAGGAGAAGAGAAUGCAAAUGUCUUGCAAUUUAUGGAUUCCAUGGACGCUUAUCUGACCCUUAUUCAUUCGUUAUCUUCGACAAUUCGCCAGGGAUGGCUGGAACUAGCGAGUGCUCGACAUUCGAUGGGUGCUUCACGUGUCAACACUGUCUUGUUGGACCACAAAUUUCAUCCUGCUGCUACAACAUUGCUUGUAACCCAAGAUGAGGGAAAAGUUGACUCCAUGAAACAACACUUUACAUUAUGCAAAUGGGCAUCUUCUGGUAAUGAAAAGUGCUCAUUGGGAGAGGCAAAAUCUGGCCAGGACAAGUUGCAUCCACAGCUACGACAUAGGGCCAGUUCGCAGCUUUAUGAGGAGAAGACAUCAUCUGAGUAUAAAGCUUCCCAUGAAGUUGAUGACCAAGUUCAAAAAGAGCGAUCUAAAUCACUGUCAGUGUUUGGAACUCUAGUUUCUCCAAAGCUUCGAGCAGCCCAGCUAUCAUUUGAGACAGCGCUAGAGACACUUGUAGAGAUAGCAAACACGCGUUCAGCAGUGCUCUGUGCUUUUGAUAAAGUUAACAAGAAAUUGGGAGGCAGCAAGGGAUGAAAAAGAGUUGAUUUAUUCUGAGGUUUAUGUCUUAAAGAAUUACUUAAUCAUCGGAAUACGUUUUUGGGCCUGCAGUUGUGGGCAUGUCCCGGAUGGCAGCAAAGAAUUCUUCCUUGGGGGUGUCUUCCUUCACUUUUAGUGUAAAAUCAUAUCAAUGUGUCUGGUUCUUGGUGGCUUAGUUUUCAUAUUGUAUAGUCGUUCUAUCAUACGAGCAAGUUUUGUUCACUGAGCUCAACAUUAAGGUAAGGAUAAAUUAGCAGCUACAAUCUUGGUUCAGCCUUUUAUUUUUCUUGGUCUUCUUACUUUGUAAAGCACUCUCUCCUCAUCAUGUCUCCUUUAGCAUUUUAAUUGUCAUGGGGUACCCUAUUCAUAGGCUUUAUCCCUA